CCUUUUUUUUUCUUGGUUGUUUUCGAUCCUUUUUUUAUAUAUUUUCUCGAUUCACUUGUCCACGGACUUUUCAUCUGUUUAUCUUUUUCUUCAUUUCUUUUUGCAUCCAUUCUACUCUGUAUAUUUUCGAUUCAUAUCUCUUUUUUUUUUUUCAUCGCCAAUCCUCUAUUGAACAUACCAUGACUAGUAUCAAGCUAGCCCCUAUUAUUCACAGCGCUUCCGUCACCGAAUUCAACGAACGAGAACAGCAUAUAUGGUACAGCAUCAAGGUCAUUCCAAUGUUGCAUCGUGAUGCAUCAAGGAACGCCAGUCUGGUCACUCCGCUUCGGAAAACAUAUACCAUUAGUCGGCGUUACGAGGACUUUGAAGCGUUUGCGCAAAAAUUGCAUGACCAAUUUUCGUCGAGUGAGGGGGCCUUUUUUUCACGCUCGCGACGGUUCGGCAUGACAACACAGUCGCUCCCCAUACCGAAAAUUAAAACUCGACUAAAUCUGUUGCCAGCCCACAAGAAACAAAUCCAUGUUCAACGACAGGCAGAACUAAACAAGUUUAUACAUACUCUGCUCAGCUUGGAUCCAACCGUCACUCAAUCGCUCUGUGUAAGAGAAUUCUUUGGUUGGCAUCGGGUCGAUAUAGAGCAACGCAUGACAAGCAAAAAGAUACCUUUGAGACGCGCUCGCCUGACUCGGUCACGUUCCCAUUUGGAAUUGCAGGAUCGACGGAAAAAGAAACAUGUGCGACUCCAUCGAUCCCUGUCGCAACCGGACCUUUCAAUAACAUGCCGUGCCGAUGACCAUCUCGUGAGACGCUCCGUUUCUCCAACCUGCUGGAUCCCAACACCCCCCGCCCCCAGUACAUCCACUUCUCGUUGGAAACUGCUCAGACCACAGCGCCAUCACCCGUCACCCAGCCUGUCCUCUCUCUGUACCCAAGCCGUUCACAAGAUCAUGCCAUGGACCACUCGUCGAACUUCACUACCGUCCUCGGAUACUUCUAAGGAACCGAUCCCAAUGCCGUCGCCUCCACUCCCUUUGAAACGAUGUGACGAACCUCGAAUGACUGGCAUCGAUGCUAUCAGUUGUGUCAGCACGUCUUCCUCCUCGUCCUCUUUCUCCUCCGCCAUCUCCCCUACCGUAUCCCACAUUGCUUCCGAUCGCAUCAAGAUGAAAAUUGUCUACGAUAUGGACAAUAUAGUUGUUGUGCAAGUGCCUCGGUCCAUUGAACUGCAUGAACUACGUCGACGGAUUCAGCAGAAAUUUUCUGAACCUAAUCUUUGUCUUGGUCCUCAUUUCAAUUUAUUGUACCACAACGCACGGUCGUCGGCUUCCUCAUGUUGUUCCGAAGGCCAGACCACGGGUAUCAUCAUUUCUCAACCCGAGGAUUUGCUUCAUGCCAUGACUUUUCAAUGGGAUAAGCUGGAAAAAAUCACCCUUCGAUGUAUUCUUGUAUAAUCUCUCAUGUCUAUGUGUACUGUAUAUAACUAUUCUACUGCUACAUUCCCUUGUAUGAACAACCACAAAAAAGUAAACCUUUAGCUUGUCAAAUAAACUUUAUAAUGUACUCAUCAUCAUCACC